GGUCGCGGACGCUCUGAUCUUACUGGCCAACCUGGCGUACAGCGCGUACGGAUAUCACCACGUGACGUCCGUGGUGCAGCAGCGGAUGCCGUACAUAUGGGACAUCACGACGGUGAUGAGCGUGGCCAAGGUGUUCACGUACCUGCUGACGCCGCCGGUGAUGUUGGUCAUGUGGGAGUACAACAAGCGGUCGCUGUCGGACGUGGUGCGCGUGCUGGACAGCGCCAUGACCGAGACGGCCGCGGCCGCGCCGUUGACGCCGUUCGUCAAGUACUCGGUCGAGUGGAUGUGCGUGUCCAUACUGAUCGAGUACGCCGGGUACACCAUGUUCCACUUGGACACCAACUUCGCGUAUUUCACGACCACCGAGUACGCCAUGAUAGCCGUGUACAACGUGUGGACGAUGGUGCCGCUGCUGAUGUACACGUUCCUGCUGGACACGAUCCGGGCGGCCGUCCGGGACAUCAACGGCCGGCUGACCACCGUGGCCGAUUGGCAGACGUACCGCGGCCGGUGGGACGACCUCAGGCAGGCGGCCGUCCAUCUGGCCCGCGACCUGUUCGGCGUCACCAUCGUCGUGUUCAUCGUUCGCACGAUCGCCGAAAUCGUGUUCUUCGGGUUCUCGCUGUACCAUUACGGCGUCAAGGCGGACGGCCACGACGCAGUUCGAAUAAUCGUUUAUUCCGUCAACGGGUCGUUCAGCGUCACGUGGAUGUACGAGAUCAUCCGCAUGACGAAAAACUGCAAACUCGAGCUACUGAGAACAAAAAAGGUCUUGAAUUCAAUUAGCAUUAACUUCAAUUCAGAUAGCAAACAGAUAAAACAUGCAUAUUUAUACAUGUUACACGCAGAUUUAAAUUUCAUGCCAUGCAAUAUUUUUGAAAUGAAUUACAGAAGUCUGAAAUCAAUUGUCACAUUAGUUGCAGCAUUUCUGAUUUUUCAAAUUCAAAUGAAAUUAACCUGA